AAAGCAAUCGAGAUGUGUUAUGAAAAUAGUUUAACAAAAUUUUGACUCCGGCUGCGCCGUGUAGAGGUGUAGCAGUUUUCUUUUAUUGACAUGCAGGGCUGCUGUAAAUAAUUUGGUAGCCUAAAUGUGGUAUUUAUUAGGCAUUCCAAUGCGGCAUCGCCGCUGUGUACACACUGUUCAUGAUUCAUCAGCUGUCGUUAAUUCGAGAAAGUUUAGAUUGAAAACAACAGGAAAACACAACGCAGUUUACACUAAAUCUUACAAAUCAUUGUGUAAAUUGUUAAAAAAACUAUUAAAUAUGUCGAUCAACACGGCACACGCCAAUAAUGGUGUGCUGAUACAUGCUGGGGAGUACAUUCUGCUGCACAGCGACAGCGUGUCAAUGGAGUUUUCUGGUCAGGAUAAUAACCUGUUCAAAGGCUCCAAGCAAGGACGAGUUUAUUUGACAUCUCAUAGAAUGAUUUUCAAUAGCAAGAAACCCAGUGAUGCAAUGCAAUCGUUUAGUGCACCUUUUGUAGCUCUUUCGGAUGUUGAAAUUGAACAGCCCGUUUUUGGAGCAAAUUACAUUAAGGGUAAAGUCCGAGCCCAGCCUAAUGGCAAUUAUGUGGGCGAGGUCAAGUUCAAGCUGUACUUCAAGUCAGGCGGAGCUAUUGAGUAUGGUCAAGCCUUGUUGCGCGCUGCUAAGACCGCUCAAAGCAACUUUCAUCGUGGCGGUCUUGCUGGAGAUGAUCCGCCACCAUAUGCACCAGCUGGUGCUUGGCAUGAGGCGCCACCACCGGCAUACCAGCCACCACCAGGAUAUUAUGGCUGGUUGCCACAACAUGAUGCCUUCAGUGGACCGGCACCAAACACUGUGUUUAUAAGUGACAAUCCGCCGCCGUAUCCGGGCAUUACACCACCAAACAGUCAACCAGCACCACAUCCUCCGCAGCAGCAGGGGCAGCAAACUGAUUCCACUUGGUACGGUUUUUCAGCACCACCACCAGAUCAGCCGCCUCAGCAGCAGCCUGGCUAUGGACCCCAAGGUGGUUGGGGUGGCGGCUAUGCACAACCGCCGCCGUACGCAGCCUGUAGGCCGGACAUUGCGCCGGGAGCGCCUUAUAAUGGACAGCCACCCGUAGCUCCCUAUGGAGGCUAUAAUCCAAAUAUACCUGGCGGUUUUAUGCAACCUAAUUUUAUUCCGCCGCAGCAACCCGGUGGUUAUCCUGGUUCUGCGCCACCACAGCAACCCGGUGGUUAUCUUGGUUCUGCGACACCACAGCAACCAAGCGCUUACCCGAGCUCUGCUCCCCCUUCGCAGGCUCCAGCAAACAGCUCUGCAGCCUUUUCUGCCGCCAGUGCAGCAGGAAGUAGCACUACAGCUAAUUUUAUGGGCUUCAGCCUGCCCCCUGGAAAUUCCAAAGAAGCUGAGGCCGCUGCUAGCGCUUAUAAUACACCGUAUAAUCAAGGAGGCCCCCGUGGACCAGGACCCGACGAUAUGCCGCCAUCAUAUAAUAACUUGCCACCCAGCUACAGUGAUGCCUCGAAGAAGCAGUAAUUAAACUAGCUUAUCAAAAUUCAAAAGUGUUAUU